AAAAAAUAAUUUAUUUGUGUUAUUAUUUUUAUGAUAUCAUAAAAGUGUCUCAGUCACGUGCUCAGUAGUAAGGCAGGAUGACAUUUAUAUAAGAGGUCACGUGACUGUUCGCAGAGUUUUGACAUUAAAGUUGCUCCGUACCUGGUGACACCUGGAGGAGUGUGUGUGUGUGUGUAUCUCUCUCUCUCUGAGUGUGUGUGUGUCAGUCUCAGUUCUGGAUGCCGAGGAUCAGCAUGGCGGUUCACGGCUGCAGGAGGACCGGACUCCUCAGGACCCUCCUGACCCGCAGCGGGACUCCGGGACCGGGCCACAGCAGCACGGUACCGGGACACCGCCGCUGCCUGUUCUCCGUUGCUGACCCUGCGCCGCUGCCUCCACCGGGCACCUGGAGCUCCCGGUUGUCCCGGCUCUCACACCGGGACCUGUACCGGAUCUCUGUGACCGACCCGGAUCAGUUCUGGGGCUCCGCCGCGGCGGACAGGCUCCGCUGGGUGGAACCGUUUCAUCGGGUCCGGGACUGCGAGCUCAGCAGCGGGAGGAUCAGCUGGUUCCUGGGAGGGAAGAUCAACGUGUCCGUUAACUGUCUGGACGUCCACGUGGAGAAACAUCCAGAGCGAGUGGCUCUGAUCUGGGAGCGAGACGAGCCAGGCACCGAGGUGAAGGUCACCUACAGGGAGCUGCUGGAGACCACCUGCCGCCUCGCCAACACCCUCAAGAGCCAUGGGAUCCAGAGGGGGGACAGGGUGGCCAUUUACAUGCCAGUGUCACCGCUGGCGGUGGCAGCCAUGAUGGCGUGUGCCCGUAUUGGUGCGGUGCACACGGUGGUGUUUGCUGGUUUCAGCUCGGAGGCUCUGGCAGGGAGGAUCCAGGAUGCCCGCUGUAAAGCUGUGGUCACCUGUAACCAAGGUGUGAGGGGCGGACGACUCAUCAACCUCAAGUCCACAGUAGACACAGCAGUGAAGACCUGUCCCACUGUCCAACACGUGUUCGUCUCUCAGAGGACAGACAACCCUGCUGUGAUGGGACACCUGGACGUCCCCCUGGAGCAGGUGAUGUCCUCUCAGUCCCCCGUCUGUCCCCCGGAGCCGAUGGACAGUGAAGAUCUUUUGUUUCUUCUCUACACAUCAGGAAGUACGGGGAAGCCUAAAGGUGUCAUUCACACACAGGCCGGAUACCUGCUGUACACCUCGCUGACACACCAGUACGUGUUUGACUAUCAAGACGGCGACGUGUUCGGCUGCGUGGCGGACGUCGGCUGGAUCACGGGACACAGCUACGUGGUGUACGGCCCGCUGUGUAACGGCGCCACCACCGUCCUGUUUGAGAGCACACCUGUUUACCCAGACCCAGGUAAGACUCACAGACCAUAUUUAUAUAUAUAUAUGAAUAUAUUAAGAUUCCAAGAUUCAGUACUUUAUUGCCAUACAACGUCUCUGUCUCUAACCCUGUCCCUGUCUCUCUCUCUGUCCCUGUCUCUCUCUCUGUCCCUGUCUCUGUCCCUGUUUACAGUGGGAGAGCCCAUCAACCACGAGGCCUGGCACUGGUUCCACAGUGUGGUCGGAGACGAACGCUGUCCUCUGGUGGACACCUGGUGGCAGACAGAGACGGGUGGAGUCUGUAUCACCCCUCGACCUGCAGACGAAGGAGCUCCCAUCAUCCCCACCAUGGCCAUGAGGCCGUUCUUCGGCAUCCAGCCCGACCUGAUGGGAGAGAAGGGUGAACGUCUGACAGGUAACGGUGUGAGUGGAGCUCUGUGUAUCAGCCAGCCGUGGCCCGGCAUGGCUCGCAGUAUCUACGGAGACCACCAGAGAUUCAUCGAGGCCUACUUCAAACCAUAUCCUGGUUAUUAUUUCACCGGUGACGGAGCGUACCGCUCUGAGGACGGUUACUACCAGAUAACUGGACGCAUGGAUGAUGUCAUCAACGUCAGCGGUCACCGUCUUGGUACGGCGGAGAUCGAGGACGCUCUGGAUGAACAUCCAGCUGUUCCAGAGACAGCUGUGAUCGGGAUCCCACACGACAUCAAAGGAGAAGUGCCGUUCGCCUUCGUGGUGUUGAAGGAGGAGUCUGAUGUCGACUCUGCCGUCGUCCUCCGGCAGCUCCGAGAGCUCGUCUCCACAAAGAUCGCCAAGUACGCCGUCCCCGAGCACUUCCUGGUGGUGAAGCGUCUGCCGAAGACUCGCUCCGGGAAGAUCAUGAGGCGGAUCCUCAGGAAGGUCGCCACAGAGACAUCAGCUGAUCUCGGCGACGUGUCGACUCUGGAUGACCCGUCUGUCGUCAAGGAGAUCGUGGAAGCCCAUGAGCAGUACAGGAAGCAGAGAGGAUGAGAGUUUUUGACUGUCUGGCGGUAAUGUAGGCGAUACAGACAACAGGCGGAGGGACGAGUGUGAACUGGUCAGCAACACAGCAUCAACAUAUUUAAACAAAAUGGAUCAGAACUAGAAGACGUCGUAGGCGCCUCCUGUUUUCUGCAUUUCUUCUCUGUUGAUUCAUUAGACGAGAGAAUAAUCAGAGCUCACGCCACAACACAAGCGCUGCAGACAGCAUUGUCAUUGCAUCACUACUACACCUGACAUAUGUCUGCACAUCAGCCACGCCCAUAUGCAUGAAGUCUUUCCCAUUUCUCAGGGAAAGAUCUCUCCCCUAAUAUCUCUCACUUACCUCAUCAAGGCUCAUCUCACAGACGAGGACACUCAACACCAAGAGGAAGACUGAAAUGGGAUCGGACCUUAGUCCAGGUGAAACAGAGCAGCUGUCACCUGUCGGUCGGUGGGCGGAGCUUCAGGGGAGAUCCAGAUAACGAAAACAUUAACUUCUUUUAGUGUUGGUGUUCCUGGGGUAAAAUCUGUUUUAAUAUUAGAUGAUCGUGUUUCAGACAGUUUGAUUAAAAUAAUAAUAAUCAUAUUUUAAUGUUUGAAUCUGAGUUUAAAAAACACUGCUCACUUUAAUUUAAUUCACAUAUAUUUUUGGAUGAAGCUCAGAAACAUCAGAAUCAACCUCAGCUGCUUUUCAUUCAACAGAUAUUUAUUUUGUGACCACGAGCAUAUCCAUAUAGAUCCGUAUAGAUCCGUAUAGAUCCGUAUAGAUUUGUAUAGAUCCGUAUAGAUCCAUAUAGAUCCGUAUAGAUUUGUAUAGAUCCAUAUAGAUCCAUAUAGAUUUGU